GGUCCUAUUUCAGAGGAUUUCUGUAUCUCAAAAACCCAUUUAAAACGAACAAAGUUACAAAGAAAACAACCUAAUAUCGUAUCCUGCAUUUGUGUUUUGUUAUGGAAUGAGUUUUUAGGCCUUUUCAGCCACAAAAACCUGAAGUUGCAAGCCGUCCUGAUAAGUUAUCGACUAGUGAGGCUGUUUGUAGUUUUUAUGUCGCCUCUCUGGUAUCGCUUUUGAUCGAGUUCGUCGAGGAAAUCCCGGAACUAGAAACAAAGUGCUCUAAGUACUUGGACUGUACAGCACUGUUUGGGAUGGCCACCGCUCCACAUACUUCACUUCAUAUGAGAUCAACUGAUCUCAUCAAAAAAGAGCCCCUGGACUACGGAGGAUUUGGAGAAGUUUACCUGUGCUACCAUGUAACCCUCGGCCAGGUGGUGUUGAAGACUAUGUAUACAGGCCCUCUUCGCAAUGAAGAGAGUAAAAGGUCACUGCUGGAGGAGGGGAGCAUCAUGGCAAGCCUGAACCAUGAGCGAGUGGUCAAGUUGCUGGGUGUGAUCAUGGAGGAUAGAGACUGCUCGCUAGUUAUGGAACUCAUCCCCAGAGGCAACCUGUUGGCCAUGCUAGAGACGGUCCCUGUCCCAAUAUCCAUCAAGGGCAGAAUCAUCAUAGAGAUUUUGGAAGCGAUGAUGUACCUUACAGAUAGACACAUCAUACACAAGGACAUCAAGCCAGAAAAUAUUUUAGUGGAUAAGGAUUUUCACAUCAAGGUUGCAGACCUUGGCCUGGCCAUCUGCCAGACGUGGAGCAAACUCACAAGGAAGGAGUCUCGCAGGAAGAGUCAUAUAGGGCAGUCAGUGGGGGCGAGAGUUGCUGGCACACUGAGCUACAUGGCCCCUGAGCACUUGAACAGUAUACAUACAGCCUCCACUGAGAAGUCUGACGUCUACAGCUUUGCAAUUGUGGUUUGGGUCAUCCUUACAGGGGAAGAGCCAUAUGCAAAUGCCAGGAGUGAAGACCAAAUGAGCCAGUGUGUCCGAAAUGGUGACCGACCGGCAGAGGACCUUAUUCCAGACAACACACCUGCAGAGAUGAUUCAGCUUAUGAAGAGGUGCUGGGAUCAAAAUCCGCUGCAACGGCCAACAUUUGAAGAGAGCUACAACUUCUUCUUUCCUUUCUAUAUGGAAAAGCUUGAACCGCAUGUAGAGGAAGAUUUACUGGAUCUGAGGAAAUUGUAUGAAGGCCCAGACGAACUUGUUGAGAAGUUGAAAUCUUUAUCAGUGACCCAUGACAGUUUUUCGGCAGAUUGCCCAGCUCCUUUGGUGAGUUCAGACAGAAGUGUAUCUAUGCCAGUUGAAGCCAGUAUUGAGGACCUGCAUGACAUCCAAUAUGAGCCACCUGUGGAGUCUAUUCAGGCAGAUGCAAAGGCAGCUAGCAGCCCUUCAGCUUUGGAGGAGAAACUAAAUCGGGAGCUUCAGUACCACAAAUAUGGUAGUUAUAACUGUGAGAACCAGCCUGAUGCUGCCAACUCCUGCCAUCACAACAACUCAAAUCUUUUCCUGCAAAACCAUGUCAGCACUUCAGAUCACACUGUAAGGCAACCAGAACAAGACAGACCCUCUUGUGUAUCUUCUGUCCAUUCCUGGACAAAAGCUGAGCCUGUACAGCCCACCAGCCAGGAAGAGGCUUGGUAUCGCCCUACUGCUGGUCUCUAUGAGUCCAUGAACUCAGCUGCUCCAUUCCACUUGCCAAUGUCUGCCAGCACCUCUUCUCUACCCCAGUUUAACCAGCAACAUCCACAAUCCCAAUAUGACCGCCAGCAGUCCUGGCCAGCUUACCCAGUGUUUGAUACAUCUGCUCCUGACAUUAGCCCUGGGCGUCUCCUGACCCCUUCCAAGAGCAGCUCGCUACAAGAUCCAGGAUCUCUUUUCAUUCAGAAUGCCAGCGGGAUCCAGAUUGGGAGCAACAACACGAUGAGUAUCAGAGGUUACGAGUCCUCCCAUAGUUUAUCUCUACAUGCUAACGAUUCAGCUAACUCUCCCAUCAAAGAAGGCAUUCUGAAAUAUGAGGACCAUGCUGUGACCGAGGAGCACCUGGAUCUGCUGAGGGACAACAUUGGGAACAAAUGGAAGCGUUGUGCACGGCGACUGGGUCUGACCACUGUGGAAAUAGAGACCAUUGACCACGACUUUUACCGUGAUGGCUUGCCAGAAAUGGUGCACCAGAUGCUGGAGCGAUGGAAAAUGAAGGAGGGAAGCAUUGGUUGCAAAAUCGGGAAGCUUUGCCGAGCACUGGAAGGCAACAUAAAGCUAGAUGUCAUCCAGAAAAUACUGGACAGCUGCGGUUCUUCCUCCUAGAUCUCAUUCCCUCUAAAGGACUUUCUGCCAAUGGUGGCCCUGUUUUCUUUCAACCAUAACCAAAAACACUUGAUUUAAUGUGCAGUGGGUUUAUGUACAGUACAAGUCAAUAGAACGUUGUUUGUGUUGCGCUAAAGCGCUAAAAUAAUUGGCAAAAGACGCCUCUCACUGCAAAAAAAGUGCCCUGUCUGAUUGCAGCUUAAAGCACUGAAAAUGGUGUAUGGAAAACUUAACUGUAUCAUUCCAGAAAAGAUAUCAUGGUUAUGAUCACUCAUGAUAACCACAGAGCUCGCUCAUAGGGAAAAUUGUCUUUGACAGCUUACUGAACACUCAGUGUAAUCACUCAUUUUGAUAAAAUUCAUCCAAAAGUCCAAAAAUCAUUUGGACUUUGCUAUUUUUGUGACAGUUUAAAAGCUCUAAUUGCAUUAUCAAAUGACUGCAUGACUUGUUCUGCCAAACAUAUAUUUAUAUCAGCAGUAGAGAUGAACAUGGUCAAGGUUCAGUUUCUUCUAAUCAUGGAAUUUAUGGUUCAUUUUGUAAUUUACUAUAAAGCAAUAAUGGCCUCAAUUAUUCGUAAGUCAAAGCAACAGUAGAAAAAAAUAUUAACACAUACAUUGUCAAGUAUUUGUUUUUCAGAAAUUGUUCUCUGUGUGAUGACAUUAUGGAAAAGUCACUGAGAUUGUACACGGUUACUGUAGCUUUAACAGAAUAAUGAACUCAUAUUCAGGGACAAUAAAAUGGUGUGUGGUAAACAUUUAUUUUAUUUCAGCCCAACACAACCAUGACUCCAAACACCGAACAGGCAAAGUCAAUGAGUCUGUAAGAAGCUGAAGAAGAAACAUAAGUAGUCAUGGGGGGGAUGCAAUUUGUACAGAAGGACAGAAGCUUUAGUACAGUAUUCCACUUGUACAUGUGUAUUAUUGUUGUCAUCCUCAAACUGUUUCUUUUAAUUUUUAUACCCUCUGUGGAUUAUGUGCUUCCAUUUCCCCAAGUUACAGUAAAACUGCAUGAAUGACUAAUUAGCUACUUGUUUGAUUGUUCAGUGUGUCGACUUACUGUAAUGAUAUCUGAUUAUCUUUAAGCUGAUGAGAUGAUGCUGUGCUGUAUCAAGCAUUUUGGAUUCCAAGCUUUUCUUACCAUCCAGUCAUAUUGCCUUGGAGAUGUGUCAAUGUCAUGUUCUGUUUAAUUACAAAAUUCUCUGUAA